AUUAACCCGUCAGACCACCUCUGCUCCACACCGCAGACGACACCAUCUCAGAACCCAACAAAAAGCCUCCAGAUUUGGUUGUGUGAUGGCUGCGGUUUGGCGUCGUGUGGUGUUGUUGGCGGUGCUGACGUGUGUGUGUCUGUGGGGCUCCACUGAGGGUAUUGGGGGGGCUAAGAGUCGACCGCGACCCCAAAGACGACCUCGCAAGAAACCAAAGAUCGAGCCUGUUGACCAGAUCGUUCCUGCACAGAAUAUCGACCUACAACAGAUGAGCGGAACAUGGUACCUGCUGAAUACUGCCUCCAAGUGUUCAUACCUGGUAAAACAUGGAACCAAGGUUGAGCCCACAGUUAUGGUCCUCAGUGCUCCAUCUGACCAAAAACUGACGGUUAGCACAAAAACACGACAUAAUCAUCAGUGUUGGGAGAUCCGGCAGGUUUACCAUCUCACUACCACUCCAGGACGCCUCACACUCAAAGGUCUUCGUCCGGAACUUAACACAGAGAUCAUAAUUGGAGACACCGAUUACAGCUCGUACGCCGUUGUGUAUUAUCAGAAACGCGGCGAAAUGACCUUGAAGCUGUACGGUCGGUCUGUAGAUAAUCUCUCAGAGCCAGUGCUGACAAAAUUUGAGCAACUUGCAGAAAAACAAGGAUUCGGACUCGCCUUCCUGUUCCCGUUCCCUACCUACAGUCACUGUGGCCUGGUGGACGAGGACCACGUCAUCAGUAAGUUCAGAUCACUUUUUAUUGAAUCCAGUCCUAGAGCACAGGACGUGGUGCCUCCAUUCAAACCUCCAGCGUUGGCUAGUGGAGGCCAGCUGAGCAGUAACAGGACUGUGUUCCAUCAUGUUGAAGAAGCAGAGGAUCUCCUGAAAAUGUGA